CGGGAGGUGGCGGUGCUGGUAUUGGGGAGAGCGGGCAGCAGCAGCCGCCUGCUGCUACCACACCACCACCACCCCUGAACGGCAGCAGCUGCUGCUGGCCGCUUGCAGCGGAGGAGCUGCAGCAGCUGACCCAGUGCUUUACGGCCAUGCCGGCAUUGCAGGUGUUGGAGCUGCGCGGGCUGUCAGGUGCGCAGGUGGACGAGGUGUAUGCGGCGCUGCUGGGGCGACCCACGUUGAACACCAAGGCGUCAGGCGGGGGCUGGGUGGAGUGGAUCAGCCCGGAUACGCCGCGUAUCUCCUUUGCCAACUGGCGAGGCCUGCACCGAUGCGAC